AUUUAGACACACGAGAAGUCACACGAACAACUAGAGAACAGGCCACACAGACAGUUGAAUUGACACGGACGUUUUCCAGUUAAGCUCUGAAGUUCACCUCGCAGGAAGAAUGGUUCUGAUUUUUACUUGGGCACUGAGCGUUGUGGCAACGGUAGCUGCUGACCACGUUUACGGAUGUUAUCCUGGUGCAGAUAUAGUAAAAGCUAUGAGUUUUAUCGCUCCUAAUUCCCAGCCACCUCCCGGCACCAAGACUCCAGUGAGAGGAACAGUCAAACUGACACAACCGCGGUAUGGAGGCUUAACAUGCAUAGAAAUAAAUAUAUCAGGUCUUGGCCCUAACACCACACACGGCUUUCAUGUUCACGAGUACGGAGAUACUUUAACGGAAGGAUGCCAGAGCACGGGAGGCCAUUACAACCCGUUCAAUCUUUGCCAUGGAGCACCUCAAGACCAAUUUCGCCAUGUUGGAGAUUUGGGUAACCUUGUUGCGGAUGCAAGUGGAACUAUCAAAGCAAAGUUUUCCGAUCAUCUUAUUUCUGUUGUCGGACCCUUAUCAGUAUUAGGGCGAGCAUUUGUGAUUCAUCAGAGACCUGACGACCUCGGACGAGGGGUUGGUGCAGCCAGACGCGAGAGCCUGAUAACUGGUAACGCAGGUGCUCGUUUGGGAUGCGGUGUUAUCUUUCUCACGCCAACAAUGAGCCGGGAUUUAAACUAG